CCGGGGCUCCCCGCGAUGGCUCUCCCGACACCUUCGGACGGCACCCUCCCCGCGGAAGCCCGAGGACGAGGACGGCGGAGGAGACGCGUCUGGACCCCGAGCCAAAGCGAGGCCCUGCGAGCCUGCUUUGAGGGGAACCCGUACCCGGGCAUCGCCACCAGAGAACGGCUGGCCCAGGCCAUCGGCGUUCCGGAGCCCAGGGUCCAGAUUUGGUUUCAGAAUGAGAGGUCACAUCAGCUGAGGCAGCACCGGCGGGAAUCUCGGCCCUGGCCGGGGAGACGCGGCCCGCAAGAAGGCAGGCGAAAGCAGACCCCCGUCACCCCAUCCCAGACCGCCCUGCUGGUCCGAGCCUUUGAGAAGGAUCGCUUUCCAGGCAUCGCCACCAGGGAAGGACUGGCCAGAGAGACGGGCCUCCAGGAGUCCAGGAUUCACAUCUGGUUUCAGAACAGAAGGGCCAGGCACCCGGGACAGGGUGGCAGGGCACCGGCGCACACAGGCGGCCUGUGCAACGCGGCCCCCGGCGGGUGUCACCCUGCUCCCUGGUUGGUCGCCUUAGCCCACACCGGGGCGUGGGGAACGGGGCUCCCCUCACCCCACAUGCCCUGCGCGCCCGGGGCUCUCCCACAGGGGGCUUUCGUGAGCCAGGGAGCAAGGGCCCUGCCCCUGCUCCAGCCCAGCCAGGCCGCGCCGGCAGAAGGGAUCUCCCAACCUGCCCCAGCAGGCGGGGAUUUUGCCUAAGCCGCCCUGGCUCCUCCGGAAGGGGCGCUCUCCCACCCUCAGACUCCUCGGUGGCCUCCGCACCCGAGCAAAUGCCGGAAGGACCGGGACCCGCAGCGCGACGGCCUGUCGGGCCCUUGCGCGGUGGGACAGCCGGGGCCCGCUCAAGCCGGGCCACAGGGCCAAGGUGUGCUUGCGCCACCCACGUCCCAGGGCAGUCCGUGGUGGGGCUGUCCCCAGGUCGCCGGGGCGGCGUGGGAACCCGAAGAAGGGUCACCUCCACCUCUGACGCUCGCGACCCCGGGGGCCUCCGUUCAAGCACAGAUGCAAGCCAUCCGGGAGUCCUCCCCACCGCUCCAGGAGCCGGGGCGCUCGUCUGCGCUCACCUCCCGGCUGUUAGAUGAGUUCCUGUGGACCCAAGAGUUUCAGCAAAAGUCACAACCUUUCCUAGAUCCGGCGCCACUGGGGGAGCUGAAGGACGUGGAAGAGCCCGCUCCGCUGGAACCACUCCUCAGACAGGAAGGACACCGGGCUCUGCUGGAGGAGCAGGUUGGAGCGGGGUGGGGCGGGGUGGGGGCAGGGCGGCGGCCUCUCUUUCGCGGUGAACCUCUGACUCGGUAUGGAGAGACGUGUCUUCCCUUCCAGCUGACCUGUCUAGGAUCCCUGAGUUCCAGGUCCGGCGAGAGACUCCACAAAGAGGAGGGCUGUCAUUCUUUCCUGAGCAUCCCGGGGAUCCCAGGGCCCGCCCAGACAAUGGCAGUGGCGCCUGGCUGGUCCAAGAGCCCGGUCCAGCUAUGCCCGCCUGAUUCCAGGCGUCACCACCAACCCCGGGCCGCGAGGCUGGGAUCAGGCACCCCGGUGCCGCUUGCCCGCGGCCGGGCUGCUCUCCCCCUCUAUACGCCCAAGCUACCACCAGUCGCUGCGCUGCGCUUUCCGCCUCCCUCCCAGAGCGUCCCGCUGUCGCCGGCGGCCAGGCCACACGCGGGACCGCGGAGGCACCAGAGGCCUCCAUCAGCUGCCCGGGCUCUGGAAUCUCCAGGAGGCCUCCCUUUAGCUGACACUCCAGGCCUUCCCCUGGCUCUCCAGCUCCGGAGCUUCCAACACUUGGGCCUUGCCCAGGACGGGGUGUGCCCCCAGGCGUCAGGGCCCAGGGCCCACGGUCCUGGGAUCCCCUCUGGUCCUUUGCCUUGCCGCGGAAAAAUUAUUUUGGAUUCCUCCCCGCCCCUCCUGCAAGGCCCCUUCUUGCCCCACACACCCAGAGAAGCCAGGGCUGCCCAGGGGCGAACAGCCGGCCCAGCCCCGCGGGCCCUUUUUCUCACAACGCCUACACCAUUGUCGCUUGUCCCGAGGAAGACCCAGCCCGUGGCCAAAGGGGCAGGAAGGCCCUGCUUUGUCCCGGGCUGGCACUACAGCCCCGGAAGCCUGAUCCCGGGAAAGAGGGGCUGA